CUCUCUAUUAUGUCCGUAGACUUGGGUAGUGAAUGGAUCAAGGUUGCCAUAGUCAAGCCUGGUGUUCCUAUGGAAAUCGCUCUGAAUGCAGAGUCCAAACGAAAGUCACCAGCGGCAGUUUCCAUCAAAGAUGGCGAACGUUUAUUUGGAGACUCAGCACUUGCUGUAAGCGUUAAAUCUCCUAAAAAUGCUUACAUAUAUGUUCUUGACAUACUUGGUAAAAAGUUUGAUAACCCAUUGGUGGAAUUAUACAAGAAGAGAUUUCCUUUUUAUGAACUAGAAAAAGACGAAAAGACGGGUGCAGUUCGAUUUCGACAUGACAGUGAAACUACCUACACACCUGAAGAAAUUAUCGGAAUGAUACUACAACAUGCUCGUCAAAUUGCAGCAGAUUUCACUGGUCAACCAAUUGAUAAUGCUGUAAUCACUGUCCCUCCUUAUUUCAAUCAAGCAGAAAGAAAUGCGUUAUACGUAGCUGCAAAUAUUUCCGGCUUAAAUAUUCUCCAACUUAUGAACGACAACGCUGCAGUUGGCCUCAAUUUUGGCAUGUUCAGAAGAUCAUCAUUUGGUAGCAAGGAGAAAAUUUUUCUCUUCUACGACAUGGGCUCUAGUAGUACUUCUGCUACCGUUGCAAGCUACAAAACUGUCGGAAGGAAAGAAACUGGACUUUCUGAAACAUUACCUCAAUUACACAUUAUGGGUGUUGGAUUUGACCGUACACUCGGAGGGAAAGAAAUGGAUUUACGUUUAAGAGAUUAUUUACUGAAAGAAUUUAAGAAACAAGGUAAAACAAAGGACGAUAUUACUAAAUCGCCUCGAGCUAUGGCAAAACUAUUGAAAGAAGCUCAUAGAGUGAAAAAAGUUUUAAGUGCUAAUGCUGAUCACUUUGCACGGAUCGAAAAUUUGUACAAUGGCAUUGAUUUUCGAACGAAAGUUACACGAGAAGAAUUUGAGAAACUAUGUAGCGACUUAUUUAAAAAAGUUUCUACACCUAUAAGAAAUGCAUUAAGGGCUGCCAAUGUUGUUCUGGAUGAAAUUGAACAAGUCAUUCUAAUUGGUGGUUCAACAAGAGUCCCUAAAGUUCAAUCAGAGUUACUUAAAGCUAUUAAAAGGGAUGAACUGGGAAAAAGUCUAAAUACAGAUGAAGCAGCAGCUAUGGGUUCCGUUUACCAAGCUGCCUCCUUAGGAAAAGGAUUUCGAGUUAAAAAAUUCUUAAUUAAAGAUAGCAACCCAUACGCUAUACAGAUUAGCUAUGAUCGCAAAAGUGAAACAUCGUCAGAGGCGAAAAAGCGUAUUCAGUUAUUUCCACGCGGCAAUCCAAUACCUCAGAGAAAAGUUGUGACAAUUAAUAAAUUGACUAGAGACUUCCAUAUUGAUGUUGAUUACGUUAUUCCUGAGAAUACUAAGGACAAUGUUGUUCGAAUGCACGGUAAUCGAGAACUCUUGCGUUACCAAUUGUCUGGAGUAACUGAUAUAUUUUCCAAGUAUGUCGAUAAAGCUGAAAGCAAGGGCAUAAAAGUACAUUUUCGACUUGAUGACCAUGGCCUUUUCCAUCUAGACUCUGCCGAAGCAAUUUUUGAAACUAAGUCCUCCCUGGAUGGUGCAGAAGAAUCUACGUUUUCUAAAAUUGGAAGUAAUAUUUUGAACUUCUUUUCUGGUUCUAAAGAUGAUAAUGGCGAUCCUGAAGUAACUGAAACCCAAAAUACCACAGCAAAUGCUACGACUACUGAUACCAAUAAUACUACCAACGGCACAGCUACUAAAGAUGCAUCUCCCAAAUUGGUAGUAAUUAAAGAGCCGAUAACAAUCACCGUUGAACACUUAGAUAUGGAAUUACCACCCAAAGAAGCCAUCAAAGCAUCAAUCGACAAAUUGGAGGAACUAACAAGACGUGAUGUUGAAAAGAAAGCUAGAGAAAUAGCCAUGAACUCGUUAGAGUCAUAUAUUGUAGAUACACAAGAUAAACUAUAUUCUGAAGCCUUUGAAGCAGUUUCUACUGAAGAUGAAAGGAGCAAGCUAAGGGAGACCUUAUCAGAAUCAUCAGAAUGGUUAUACGAAGACGGCUUUAAUGCAGAUACCAAGACUUAUAAACAACGUUUGGAAAGUCUUAAGGAACAAGCUAAGGAUAUAUUCUUUCGAGUUAAAGAGCGUAAACUAAGACCAAAAGCAUUGAAAGCAUUAAAAUCGGAAUUAAAUCAUACUGUACACUUUAUAAAUCUUAUGAAAAAUUUAACUAGUUAUAAUAGUACCGCUGAUGCACCAUUUACUGAAAGUGAAUUCAAAGAGUACUCUGAAUUAUACAAUGAAACAAAGAAUUGGAUGAAAACUGUAGCUGAAAAAGAAGAUAAACUAGUGCCAACGGAGAAUCCGACCAUUCUUUCCAAUGAUAUUAAUAACAAAGCAUCAAAACUUCGUCGUGAGACUUCUUACUUGGUAGAGAAGCUUCAAAGAUAUACUGAAAGGAUAGAAGCUAAGAAAAAAGCGGAAAAAGAAGCGAAAGAGGCCGCAAAGAAAGCCGCCAAGGAAGCAGCCAAGAAAGCUGAAAACGAUAAAAAAACCACUACAGAAGGAAAAGACCAAGACAAACCGGAUGAUACUGCUGAAUCGCAAUCUGAUAAUGAAAAUAGUAAGGUAAACUCUAAGGAAGAGAAAAAAGGUGACGAUAAGCAAGAAAAUGCUGAUGAAAAACAUUCUGAAUUAUAA